GUAUGAUAUAUGCAUACAAUAGUCUAGUGCUUGCCACUUGGAUUGGUUGUAAUGGUUUGGUUUUAUAUAGGCAUGUUUUCUUUAAGAACAAGGAUAGAAGAUUCAAUUCUCCGUGCAGAGAUGUUAGCACCAAUAGCCUUGGACCACGAAGAAGUAAGACAUGUCAAGCAAGAAGAAAUUAUUCAUGAUCAUGACUUGUGGGAUGACCCGGGGAAAUCGAAUGAAAUCCUCAUCAAACUAGCCGACAGUGCCAAGGUGGUUGAUGCCCUUAAACACCUCAAAUAUAAGGCUGAGGAAGCUAAACUGAUUAAAGAGCUUGCAGAGCUGGGUAUUGUAAAUUACGAGCUUUUCAAGCAGGAAUAUUUUGCAUCUGUAGAUUUAAACAAGUUUUUGAAUAAGUAUGAGACGUCUAAGUUUCUUAAAAAGUCAUAUGACAUGGAGGGAGCAUGUCCCAAAAUUGAAUCCAGAUGUGGAGACAUUUACUUAGAGGUUCGUGUGUGCCUGAAAUGGGCUGAAAAGCAAGGUCAUGCAGUGAGGUUAGUUGAGAGAUGUCCUACAAAGAAUGGAGGUAUCAAGUCAGCAACAAUUGAAUUCGAAUUCAAAUAUGCUUAAGGCUAUCUAUCAGGGGCAAGAGGUGUUCACCGAAUAAUUGGAACUCAUAAGAGUGAAUUUAAUUAUCCUGAGGUCAUUACUAUAUCUUUUGGCAGAAUUGAUAAAUGCUUUGCGGCUAUGGAUGUGAUUCCUUUGUUCCUUGAAUCAUCACUCAGACUAUUAAUUGAUGAGAAGGAUCUACUAGUCUCCUGCCCAUCAUCUUCCAAGAAGUUGGGCGAGAUUUCUUCAUCAGUUUCCAUUCAGCAUAUUUUAACUGGUAUGGAAGUCCAAUCAACAGUGUGCCGUGUUGCGAACAAGAUUAAGGCCUUUAACCGCUUGAAGGCUAAACUUCUCAUUAUUUUGAGGGAUCAACGUACAUCUGGUGUGAGUAACAUAAAGAAAGAUGAGCUUGUUGAUAUGUGGAGUCACGAGGCAUGA